UUUGUCCCAAACCCCGUCUGAAAAGCCAGCCUCAGGCGUUGAUCAGCUGCUGUUGUGCUCUCGCACGCUCACCCAACCCGCCUAAUCAUCGGCUUUCGUUGUCACAGUACAUCUUUUUCCUGUGCUACCAAGUUUUUUUUCUAGCCUUCUCUUCUACUUUCGCCAAGCAGAAGCGAACUGCCAAACCAUCACCCAUUCCAUCAGAUUUCGUCGGCUGCUCACCUUUCUUCUUCUUCUUCCCAUCUCUGGUCAUCUGGCAAACAUGGCGACUACUUCAAUGGAUUACGAGGCCGCCAACGGCGAUCGUUACGAUGACGAGCCUCCUCGUUACGAGCGUGACAACAGAAGCGCUUCUCCUCGUCCGGCGCGCGACGACGCCGGCAGUCGUCGCCGAUCCAUGUCUCCCCCCGGAAACCCUGAUAUCAACAUCAAGGAUGCACCCGGCCCGAAGGAGGAUGACGAUGGUGCCAUUAACCCCGGCUCCAACCUCUUUGUCACUGGUAUCCAUCCUCGUCUGUCUGAGGCUGAGGUCUCCAAGAUGUUUGAAAAGUAUGGUGAGGUUGAGAAGUGCCAAAUCAUGCGAGACCCUCACACCAAAGAGUCCCGUGGAUUCGGAUUCGUCAAAAUGGUCACCUCCGAACAAGCUGAGGCCGCCAGAGAAGGCCUCCAGGGCGAGGUCAUCGAAGGCCGCACUAUGAGCAUUGAAAAGGCCCGCCGUGCUCGCCCUCGCACGCCCACGCCCGGCAAGUACUUCGGUCCUCCGAAGAGAGACCCCCGCUCUCGCUUUGAUGAUCGCCGACGUGGCGGUUACGGAGGCGGCGGCGGCGGCGGUUAUCGUGAUGACUACCGAUACCGUGGCAAUGAGAGAGGCUACGACCGCAACUACGAACGUGGAUAUGAGAGACGAUAUGAAGAGCGUGCAGGAGGAGGCUACGACCGCAACUACCGAGAUGAACGACGAUAUGAGGACCGUAACUACGCAGGUGGACGAGACUAUGAGCGCAACUAUGAACGCCGCGACCGCGAUGACAAUUAUGCUGGUCGCGAACGCUACAACAACUCGCGCGAAGACCGUGCUGACCGUGGCGACCGUGCUGACCGAGGCGACCGCUACGGCGCUCGCGGCGGCAACAGCAGCGCCGGUGGAUAUGACCGCGAUCGAUACGAGCGCACCGCAGACCGCGACGGUGGCCGAUCUCGCGAGCCAGCCGCCAGCAGUGGCCCAGCAUACACCGACUCCGCCUCACGACCUGAGGCACGCGAGUCGUAUGGAGGCCCUGAAUCGGCUAUGCACUAGUAACGCCCGCAGCUUUCUGACUGCCCUUUCUCGAUCUUUGGCGCAAAACGUCUUUUGACAUUAAUGGACUGCCUGUUGCUGCGUUUUCUAUCUUUCCGGUUUUUUUCUCAUGUUGUGUUUUCUAUUUUACUUUACUUGUCUUGCCCGCAGUUUAUCAAUCGACCUCCGGGGACAGCUGUGGACUCUUUCGUCAGAAUCUACUCAAUUAGGAGUUUCGUGCGAUAUGCGACUGCUAAGGGAGGGGAAACAAUAUCGGGUUUUCGGCCGUCGUCGCGGAUAUUUAAAAUUUCUUGCUGGUCGGUCUUGCGGCUACAGAGUUGCGUUUAUGGGCAGCUUCCGGAUCUUUGCAGAAUCAAACACUUCAUCACUCGUCACCUUGCGCUACUACAUAAACAAAACCAACAUUUUGAUUCCGUUUUAACAACACCACAGCCCAGCAAAUAUCAACCCAGGAGCCCUGAUUUUCUUUCCUGACGAAGUGACGCCUUAAUGGAACCAAUAAAAAUCGGUCGUGCUUCAGAUGUUUCGACCAUGCU